AUGAUUUCUUUACCACCGGAAGUUCAACUUGACAUUUUAAAAUGUCUAAAUUUCGAGCAGUUAUUCUCUCUUAAACAAACCAACUUUUAUUUUUGCAAUUUAAUUGAUAAAUUUGAGGGAACAUUGGCUCGAAUUAAAUUCUAUAAACUUAGACUGAUUCACACCAAAGAUAUAUUUAGACAAGAUGUAAUCAUUAAACUUGAACCUACAGUUUCUGAAUUUGUUUUUGACGGGAAGUGGCAAACAGCGAUAGCUGAAUCAAUCCCUUUGUUUUUACAUGGAUUUGAAGAUAAUAUUGAAGAAUUUGCUGUUCGGAUAAAGAAAACAGGUAGUGUCACUUAUUACGAGGGCCGGCUUUUCUAUAGGCUGGUUGAAUGUCAAUUAUUGUAUAUUACACCCGGGAGCAGGCCAAUGUACCGAAGUUGUUCAUGGAACAAGCUCCCAGUACUUGGAACUAAUAUUUUUGUUGCAGCUGUUGUUUGAACAACAUUUUUCAUGUGUUGGUUUGUAGAAUUGUUGACGGUACAUUGGACGGCGGUCCAAUGUACCGUCAACAAAAAAAAUGAGAGAUCACAUCCUUAGGGGUGUUAAAAAGUUACAAUUUAACUGGAACUGAAGGGCCGGAACCAAAAAAUUCCGGAACUUCCGGCCUACCGGAACCUGAACUUGGCGA